UACAAUAUUAGUUUCUACUUUUAUGUUUCUAUUUUAUGCACAUCAUUAACCACUGUUAUGUAUCUACAUGCAGUAUGGUCAUUAUGGAAGGUGAUCCUAGUCCAGGUGCCAUUAGAGGCCGAAUGUCAUUCCAGAGUUUUAAUCCUUCUAUUGAUAAAUUAAACGAAGAGGCUUCAAACCCAAGACAAUCAGAAAGUGAUGCUACUUCCUCUGGGCAUCUACCUAAUAGAGAAAAUGUAUCACCAGAAGAUGAACUAGUGAGCAUGAGAGAAGAAACUUCAAGUGGAAAGAAAGCCAAAAGGAAACAAGCUGAAGUUAUUUCAGACACCAAAUCACCAAAUAUCAAUGAAGCCAAUACUUCUUCAUCAAACAAUGGUAAAAAGAGUUCUCAUAAGCCACCUAAGCGAGGAAAGCUGGACUUUAAUGUUUUAAGAUCUCCUAAGAAUCAAAGUAAAAGGUCAUGAUCUUGAUCUUUUUCAUGUUAAACAAUUAAGAAUAUGCUUCUAUUUUAUAUUUUUUGCCCUCAAACUUCUUAGUUUAGUUGCAAUGUAUAACUUUCCCAACAAGCUUAUCAUGUAACUAACUUAUUGUUUUCCUUCCUCUUCCUAGUUUAUUUUUAAUUGAUUGUAGAAUGUUCAAUA